ACACUGAGCCCCCCCCCAUUGUUGUUGUUGGUCGUGAGGUGUCGGGUCGGCCGUCGGUCGGCCAGUUUGUCGGGUUGACGCGACUGUUACCGUCUGUCUGACCGUUCGUCAUUCUCGCCAUGCACCUUAAACAGAGCCACAUACACGUAUUUGUGCUGUGCUCUCGCCGCUCUGGCUAAGAGUCGUCUCUCUCUCACUCUAUUUGUGUGUGUGUGUGCAUCCCAAUGCCUGUGCCUGUGCCUCGGAGUCGCUGUGUGUGUUCGCGGUGGUGAUAAAUUUUUGUUGGCACAAAGUAAAAAUAUAACAGAAUAAAAAAUCGUGGCGCGGGAUAGAAGCUAAUCGAAAUUAUUGCAAUUCAUCGUUGUUUAGCCAGUCCAAAUGUCAGCUGUUUCGCGCAACAUGUACCAUAAAAGCAGCACAGCAAAACGCAGAAAAAGAGCCAAUCGAUCAAGCCCAGGACAGAAGAAGCAACGCCAGCAGCCACUGCAGCACCAGAAGCAGCAGAGAGUAAAAGAAGAAGAAGAAGCGUAACCACGCUGAGGAGAACAGCAGCAGCAGAAUCAAGAGAAGGAUAGACAAAAGAGAGUGAAAUUACGAGAGAUUCGCGAAGAUCAAAGAGAAUUAAGUUCAAGAAAGGACAAAUAAAUCAAAAUACGCCAUGACAAUCAUACUCUUCCUGGUGGACACCUCGUCGUCCAUGUGCCAGAAGGCGUAUGUGAAUGGUGUGCAAAAAACGUAUCUGGACAUUGCCAAGGGUGCGGUGGAGACGUUCCUCAAGUAUCGGCAGCGCACCCAGGACUGCCUCGGCGAUCGUUACAUGCUGCUGACGUUCGAGGAGCCGCCAGCGAAUGUGAAGGCCGGCUGGAAGGAGAACCAUGCCACAUUCAUGAACGAGCUGAAGAACCUACAGAGCCACGGCCUCACCUCGAUGGGUGAAUCGCUGCGGAACGCCUUCGAUUUGCUCAACCUGAACCGCAUGCAGUCGGGCAUCGAUACGUACGGGCAGGGCCGGUGCCCCUUCUACCUCGAGCCCUCGGUGAUCAUUGUGAUCACGGACGGGGGCCGCUAUUCCUACCGCAACGGGGUGCAUCAGGAGAUCAUACUGCCGCUGAGCAAUCAGAUACCCGGCACAAAGUUCACCAAGGAGCCCUUCCGAUGGGACCAGCGCCUCUUCUCCCUGGUCCUGCGCAUGCCCGGCAACAAAAUCGACGAGCGUGUCGAUGGCAAAGUGCCGCACGACGACUCCCCCAUCGAGCGGAUGUGCGAGGUGACCGGCGGCCGCUCGUACCGCGUCCGCAGUCACUAUGUGCUCAAUCAGUGCAUCGAGAGCCUCGUCCAGAAGGUGCAGCCGGGCGUGGUGCUGCAGUUCGAGCCGCUGCUGCCCAAGGACAGUGCCAGCGGCGGCAGCAGCACCAGCAGCAGUAGCGGCGGGACGAUCGCCGGCGCAGGCGGCGGUGGCGGUGGCUCCGCGGCACAGCAAUCGUCGUCGUCGUCAUCAGCCUCGUCCCUGUCGGAGCCCACACCGGACAUAGUCUUCCAGCCCAUCAAGAAGAUGAUCUACGUGCAGAAGCACAUCACACAGAAGACCUUUCCCAUCGGCUACUGGCCGCUGCCGGAGCCCUAUUGGCCGGACUCGAAGGCCAUCACACUGCCGCCACGCGAUGCCCAUCCCAAGCUGAAAAUCAUGACGCCGGCGGUGGACGAGCCGCAGCUGGUGCGCAGCUUCCCGGUGGACAAGUACGAGAUCGAGGGCUGCCCCCUAACCCUGCAGAUUCUCAACAAGCGCGAGAUGAACAAGUGCUGGCAGGUGAUCGUCACCAAUGGCAUGCACGGCUUCGAGCUGCCAUUCGGUUACCUGAAGGCGUCGCCCACCUUCUCCCAGGUGCAUCUGUAUGUGCUCGCGUACAACUACCCGGCGCUGCUGCCACUGCUGCACGACCUCAUCCACAAGUACAACAUGAGUCCGCCCAACGAUCUCAUGUACAAAUUCAAUGCCUACGUCCGCUCCAUACCGCCGUACUACUGCCCAUUCCUGCGCAAGGCGCUGGUCAACAUCAAUGUGCCGUACCAGCUGCUGCAGUUCCUGCUGCCCGAGAAUGUUGACAACUAUCUGUCGCCGACGAUAGCCAAUCAGCUGAAGCACAUCAAGAACACCGCCAAGCAGGACCAGGAGAAUCUCUGCAUGAAGGUCUACAAGCAGCUGAAGCAGGCCAAGCCCCCGUAUCGGCAGGUGGAGACGGCCAAGCUGUGCACCGGCACGGCCCUGCGGCGGGAUCUGGUGCGGCAUCCGUUGCUGCGCGACACAUUCGCCAAGCUGCAUGCGGAGAUCGAGCCGGUGGAGAAUUAUACGAUUGUGGUGCCGCAGCUGACGCAUCAGGCAUCGGCCAAGACUUAUCGCAAUCCGUUUGAUAUACCGCGGCGGGAUCUGGUGGAGGAGAUUGCCCGCAUGCGCGAGACGUUCCUGCGGCCGACGCUGCUGGUGGCCAAGGACUCCGGCCACUGCCUGCCCAUCUCGGAGAUGGGCAACUACCAGGAGUACCUCAAGAACAAGGACAAUCCGCUGCGCGAGAUCGAGCCGACCAAUGUGCGGCAGCAUAUGUUCGGCAAUCCCUACAAGAAGGACAAGCACAUGGUCAUGGUGGACGAGGCGGAUCUCAGCGAUGUGGCGCCCAUGAAGUCGCCGAAUGGCAACGGUCCCGGCGGCUCACCGCCCGGCUCCUCGGGCUCCGGCUCGUCCGGCUCCUCCUCGUCGGGCUCAUCAUCGAGUGGCGGACCCGGUGGACCCGGCAUGGGCGGUGGUCCCGGCGGCAUGUCCGGCCUCAUGCUGGGCCCCCAUUCGCCCGGCGGCCUCGGCAAAAAGUUCGACGGCACCUCGCGAGGCCGCAAGCGGAAAGCGGGUCCCCUGCCGCGUGGCUUUGAGUUUCGGCGCGCCUCCACGGACUCGCGUUCAUCCUGCUCCUCACCCCGGCCCUCGUCCCCGUCGGAUAGUGCGCCCAGCUCACCGAAUCCAGGGGCAACGGUGGCCUGCGACUCAUCCCCGUCUACGUCGGCGACAAGCACGGGCCCUGGCUCCGGCUUGGGCUCGGGAGUGGCUUCGGCAUCGGGAUCGGGUGGCAGCUCUGGGCUGGGAUCAGGCGGUCGGUCCAGUCCCAGCUGCUUCGACGAGGACAGCAACAGCAACAGCAGCUUCGCCAGCAGCACCGCCAGCACGGAACCAUCGAGCGACUCCGGCCUGUCGCUGUCGCUGUCGCACUCGGAGCGCCUGGGGGGCAUUGGCGGCUUUGAUUUCAGCGAGGAGGAGACCAGCGACCAGGACACUGCCCUCAACGGUCACGUGCACAACUUCAUCAAUGGGAUCAGCGACGAGAUCAGUGCCGCGGACACAGAAGCACCUGGGCCUGGGCCCGGUCCAAGCCCUGGAGUCCCGCCACCGAGCAGCGUCUUGCCAGCCACAGCCGUGGCCGAGCCCAUUGUGACGGCCAUCGCUGUAGCGGUCGCGGGCGCGGCAGCAGCACCAGCGGGUGCAGGAGCAGGAGCAGCGGGAGCAACUGCGCCACUGGCAACGGCAACCGCUUCGGCAUCCGGAGUGGUAGUGGCAUCCACCGUGGCAGCCUCAUUGGUCACGCCACCGCCGCUGCCGGCCGUAAGCAGCAGCAGCAACGGCGGCCUGGGACUGUCCGGCGGCACGGGUGGCAGUGGCGGCGAUACGCCCUGCUCCUCGGCGUCGGCAAACAACUCGAGCGGCGUGCUGUACGUGCCCCUGAACGGACUGACGACCACGCAUGCGGCGUACAGCAGCAACCGUGGCGGCGGCUCCACCUGUCCGAUGGGAUCCCAUUUGGGCGGCCUGGGGCCGGCGGGUAGCCACAGCCACAAGACGGGCAUCUCGCUGAUGUCGCUGUCCGGGGUACUGCCCAUGCUCAAUGGCUACACGCAUCAUGGCGGCACCCUGUCGCCACCCUCACCACUGGCUGCGGUGCCGCCAACGCCGCUGGCGACGGCAACUCCAACGCCCGCCAGUAGCAGCAGCAGCAGCGCUGGUACGGGAGCGGGUUCGGGUUCGGGAUCGUCUGGCUCCAGCUACUUCACCCACAAUGACAUCAACGAUGCCUCCGAGAUCUCCAGAAUACUCCAGACAUGUCACAAUGGCACCAGCGGCUCUUCCGGCUCUAGUUCGGCCGGUGGUGGAGGAGGAGGAGGAGGUGGUGGUGGCGGCGGCGGCGGCGGCACUGGGAGCGGCAGCAGCAGCAGCACACUGAACGGCAACGGCAGCCCCGACCCAGAUGUCGGAGACGAUGGUGAAUCGCCGUUGUCUCUGGGCAUUGGGAAUAGUUUUGAUGCCCUGAAACGGCUGGCAGGAGGCGGAGCUGCGAGCAGUCCACAUUUUUACUGGGGCAGCGGAGUCAAUCAUUUUAUUAACAACAACAACAAUAGCAGCAGCGGAGCAGCAGGCGCCACUGGGAAUAGCAACAGCAACAGUAGCACCAACAAUCAUCGGAAUCACAACAACAAUAGCCCCAUGAAGACGGAAAUCAAGUCGAGUCCCAGCUGCAGCUCCUCACCGACGCACAACAGCAGCAGCAAUAGCAACGGGGAGGUGAGUGCCGCCGCAUUGCUCAUACUGUCGGAGGAGCAGCGAGAGGCGGCGAGGAAGCACAACAUUGAUCUGCGGCUGAAGAUCUUUCGGGAUAUACGGCGGCCGGGACGCGACUACAGCCAGCUGCUGGACAACCUGGGCCUGGUGAAGGGCGAUCACGACAUGAAGUCGGAUUUCGUGGAAAUGUGCAUUGGGGAGUCGCGCCGAUUCCGGCGCCAUCGCAUGGUUGGCAGUAUUCAAGAGUGGUGGGAGCAGCGGCAGCAGUCGCAGCCACCAAUCGAUCUGCAGCAGCAGCAGCAGCAGCAACAGCAACAGCUGCUGCAGGAGCAGUCCCAGCAGCAGCCACAGCCACAGCAGCAGCAACAGCAGGAGGCAGCCGCCGCCGCUACCAAGAGUUAACGUUGGCUCUUUUGGAACUGCUGAGCCCGAGCGGUAUUCGCCUGGGCUUGGGCGUGGUCGAGGGCGUGGCCAUGGCCAAGGGCGAGGCCGUGGGGCGGCGCCAUCAGUCUGUGAUGUCAUCAAAAGCAACAACAACAACAACAAAUACAACAAGAAAAGCAACAACAAGGAGAACCGUAUGAUAAAAAUAGGAGAAAGAAAAGAAACCGUAAAAACCGUAGACGUAAAUCUUAACUUAAUAUUAGCCGUAAUAAGUAACAGUAUAAGAGAGAGAGUAUAAGAGCGCAGAGAGAGAGCGAGAGCUGGAGAACACGCAACGGUAAACGAAAGGCAUUGAAUUCUCGUCAAUUUCCAUUUAUGUAAAUAAUUGCCAGAAUACCCUAAUCCCCCCCCAACCUCCCCCCAAAAACCGUUGUCGGAUCUUGAUCUUGAUCUCCAUGUCGUAUGUAUCGUCAGGACACAGCCCCUCUCCCCCUCUCUCUCACUCUUGAGAUAUCUUUCUGUGGAACGGCGAAUGGCGAACGGCGAGGUAUAUAUUAUCCAUAAGAGAAACAAGAAAACUUUGUAAUUAUAUCGUAACGAUUUAAAGCUUAAGCCGUGGCCUAAAUGCUGCACAACCCUUAAAAUAUUUUGCAGUGUUUUUUUUUUUUUUUAUCAUUAUUAUUAUAUAUACAUAAUUAUAUAUAUAAAUAUAGAUAUAUUUAAUAUAAUGUAAUACCCUGAGCCCAUUCGUACACCUAAGGUCCCCCCCCAAAGCAAUUACUAUAAAUAGACUUAUAACUCGAUAUAGUGUGUAUAAGAGAGAGGGAGAGAGAGACGAAGGAGAACGUGUAACAUUUGUAAAAGAGAGCGACAGCGGAGAGUAAGUGAGUGAGUGAGUGUGAGUGCGAGUGUGAGUGUUGUAGGGAAAAGCUUUCGCUUCUUGAGCCACAAUUGUUAGGAAAUUUCUUUGUUGGUCAGCAGCAACCGUUUAAUGAAUGCGUUAAUGAUUGAUUCGCUUUUUGUUUAAGCCAAGACGAGAAAGAAACCACACACACAGAAGCAGAAAUCUUUAUGCAUAUACGUAUAGAGUAUAUUGAACUAUAUCUAUAUUUAUUUGCCCAGAUUAGGGGAGAUCAGAUCGGUCGGUUCAGAGUGUGUGUUCCAUUAAACAAUGUAAACUAGUUAGUUGUAUUCAAGUGUAAUUCUUGGCCUUCAUUUUGAUCCGAUUCGAUUCGAUUCAUUUUAGAAACAAAACAACUGUAAUUUAAUAUUUUAUUAAAACACAUUAUACCAAUUUUUAAA